AUGGGGGAGAAGCUGGAGCUGAGGCUCAAGUCGCCCGUGGGGGCCGAGCCCGCCGUCUACCCGUGGCCGCUGCCGGUCUACGACAAACACCACGAUGCUGCUCAUGAAAUCAUCGAGACCAUCCGGUGGGUCUGUGAAGAGAUCCCAGACCUCAAGCUUGCUAUGGAGAAUUACGUUCUGAUCGACUAUGACACCAAAAGCUUCGAAAGCAUGCAGAGGCUCUGUGACAAAUACAACCGCGCCAUCGACAGCAUCCACCAGCUGUGGAAGGGGACCACGCAGCCCAUGAAACUGAACACUCGGCCGUCCAACGGGCUCCUGCGGCACAUCCUGCAGCAGGUCUACAACCACUCGGUGACGGACCCUGAGAAGCUCAACAACUACGAGCCCUUCUCCCCCGAGGUGUACGGGGAGACCUCCUUUGACUUGGUCGCACAGAUGAUCGAUGAGAUCAAGAUGACCGAGGACGACCUGUUUGUGGACCUGGGCAGUGGAGUGGGCCAGGUCGUGCUGCAGGUCGCCGCGGCCACCAACUGCAAACAUCACUAUGGCGUAGAGAAAGCUGACAUCCCAGCCAAGUACGCGGAGACCAUGGACCGAGAGUUCAGGAAGUGGAUGAAAUGGUAUGGAAAAAAGCAUGCAGAAUACACACUGGAAAGAGGCGACUUCCUCUCGGAAGAGUGGAGAGAGCGGAUUGCCAACACAAGUGUUAUAUUUGUGAAUAAUUUUGCCUUUGGUCCUGAGGUGGAUCACCAGCUGAAGGAGCGGUUUGCGAACAUGAAGGAAGGUGGCAGAAUCGUGUCCUCGAAGCCCUUUGCGCCUCUGAACUUCAGAAUAAACAGCAGAAACUUGAGUGACAUUGGCACCAUCAUGCGCGUUGUGGAGCUCUCGCCCCUGAAAGGCUCGGUGUCCUGGACGGGGAAGCCGGUCUCCUACUACCUGCACACCAUCGACCGCACCAUACUUGAAAACUAUUUUUCUAGUCUGAAAAAUCCAAAACUCAGGGAGGAGCAGGAAGCGGCCCGGCGCCGGCAGCAGCGAGACAACAAGAGCACCACGGCCACUCCCACCAAGCUGCCCGAGAGCAAGGCCGCCGUGCCCGCGGACACCCCGAUGGAUUCCGGGGCCGAGGAAGAAAAAGCUGGGGCGACCACCAUCAAAAAGCCGUCCCCCUCCAAAGCCCGGAAGAAGAAGCUGAACAAGAAGGGGCGGAAGAUGGCCGGCCGGAAGCGCGGGCGUCCCAAGAAGAUGAGCACUGCGAACCCGGAGCGUAAGCCCAAGAAGAGCCAAACUGCACUGGACCUCCUGCAUGCCCAGGCCGCGUCACAGACGGCAGCGCCCUCGCCGCAGGAUGCGUACAAGUCACCUCAUAGCCCGUUUUAUCAGCUACCUCCCAGUGUGCAGCGGCACCCCCCCGACCAGCUGCUGCUGGCACCCACCCCGCCCGCACUGCAGAAGCUGCUAGAAUCCUUCAAGAUUCAGUACUUGCAGUUCUUGGCAUACACCAAGACCGCCCAGUACAAGGCCAGCCUGCAGCAGCUGCUGGACCAGGAGAAGGAGAAGAACGCCCGGUUGCUAGGUGCUGCACAGCAGCUGUUCGGCCACUGCCAGGCCCAGAAAGAGGAGAUCAAGAGGCUCUUCCAGCAGAAACUGGAUGAGCUGGGUGUGAAGGCACUGACCUACAAUGACCUGAUCCAGGCGCAGAAGGAGAUUUCGGCUCACAACCAACAGCUGAGGGAACAGACGGAGCAGCUGCAGAAGGACAACAGGGAGCUGAGAAGCCAGAGCCUGCAGCUGCUCAAGGCUCGGUGUGAGGAGCUGAAGCUGGACUGGUCCACGCUGUCCCUGGAGAACUUGCUGAAGGAGAAGCAGGCCCUGAGGACCCAGAUCUCUGAGAAGCAGAGGCACUGCCUGGAGCUGCAGAUCAGCAUUGUGGAACUGGAGAAGAGCCAGCGGCAGCAGGAGCUCCUGCAGCUCAAGUCUUGCGUGCCGCCGGAUGACGCCCUGUCGGCGCACCUGCGCGGGAAAGGAGCCCUGGGCCGGGAGCUGGAGGCUGACCCCGGCCGGCUGCAUCUGGACCUGGACUGCUCCAAGUUCUCCCUGUCCCACUUGAGCAGCGCAAGCCCAGAACUCUCCAUGAACGGCCACGCGGCUAGCUACGAAGUGUGCGGUGCGCUGAGCCGGCCCUCGUCCAAGCAGAACACCCCCCAGUACCUGGCCUCCCCCCUGGACCAGGAAGUCAUACCCUGCACCCCCAGCCACAGCAGCCGGCCGAGGCUCGAGAAGAUGUCGGGCCUGGCCUUGCCUGACUACACCCGGCUCUCCCCGGCCAAGCUGGUGCUGAGGCGGCACCUGAGCCAGGACCACGUGGCCAGUGGAAAGACGGCGGCCAGUGAGCUACACCCGCGAGCUGAGCACGCCAAGGAGAACGGCCUUCCAUACCAGAGCCCUGGCAUUGCAAACGGCAUCAAGCUGAGUCCUCAGGACCCUCGACCCUCGUCCCCCAUGGCCUUACAGAUGACAGGGGAGAGGGGCGGCGAGAAGGGUGUGAAGGAGCGCGCCUAUGCCAGCACUGGGGAGGCCAUCACCAGCCUGCCCGUCAGCAUCCCGCUCAGCACCGUGCAGCCGAGCAAGCUGCCCGUCAGCAUCCCUCUGGCCAGUGUGGUGCUGCCCAGCCGUGCCGAGAAAGUGAGAAGCACCCCCAGCCCUGUGCCGCAGACCCGAGAGUCCUCGUCCACACUUGAAAAGCAGAUGGGCGCUAAUGCCCACGGCGCUGGAAGCAAAGGCCUCACCCCAGCUCCUGCAGGCUUCUACGCGGGCUCAGUGGCUGUCAGCGGGGCCCUGGCAGGCAGCCCGGCCCCCCUCGCUCCCGGAGCUGAGCCCGGCACCUUCGAUGACGUCUCGGGCUCAGGAAGUCUGUUCGCCAGCAUGGGGUCCUGCUCCACCCCGCAGCACCCGCCCCUGCUACCGCAGUCCCGCAGCUCCGGCGCAGCCUCGCCUGCCCAUCCGCUCUGCACCAGCCCGCGGCUCAGCAGUGCUGCCCAGGGCCCGCUCCCCGAGGCCAACAAAGGGGACCUUCCUUCCGAGGCCGGCUUUUCAGACCCAGAGGGCGAAGCCAAGAGGAGGAUCGUCUUUACCAUCUCGGCUGGCGGCAGUGCCAAACAGUCGCCUCCCGGCAAACCGAGCCCUCUGCCCACGGGCGCCCGCGGGGACAGUGGCCAGGGCCAUGGGCCGGACAGCCGCAAGCGGGGCAGGAGGAAGCGGGCGGCGGCUGGGACCCCCAGCCUGAGCGCUGGCGUGUCGCCCAAGCGCCGGGCCCUGCCGUCCGUUGCCGGCCUCUUCACGCAGUCUUCGGGGUCCCCGCUGAACCUCAGCUCUAUGGUCAGCAACAUUAACCAGCCUUUGGAAAUCACGGCCAUCUCGUCCCCCGAGAGCCUGAAGAGCUCCCCUGUCCCUUACCAGGACAACGACCAGCCGCCCGUUCUCAAGAAGGAGAAGCCGUUGAGCCAGACCAACGGGGCCCACUACUCCCCACUGACCUCAGACGAAGAGCAGGGCUCUGAGGAUGAGCCAGGCAGCGCCAGAAUCGAGAGAAAAAUUGCAACAAUCUCCUUAGAAAGCAAAUCUCCUCCAAAAACCUUGGAAAGCGGUGGUGGCCUGGCCGGGAGGAAGCCGACCCCUGCCAGCGAGCCCGCCAACAGCAGCAAGUGGAAAUCCACCUUCUCGCCCAUUUCCGACCUCGGCCUGGCCAAGUGCGCCGACAGCCCGCUGCAGGCUGGCUCCACCCUGAGCCAGAACUCCCUGUUCACUUUCCGGCCCCCGUUAGAGGAGCCCGGCUUGGCUGAUGCCAAGCUGGCUGCCCACCCCAGGAAAAGCUUUUCUGGUGCCCUGUCGGGGGCCGGUGGGCUGAGCCCCAGCAGCAACCCUCCCAACGGCUUCGCCUUCAGCGGGGGCCUGGCCACCGACCUCAGUUUACACAGCUUCAGCGAUGGUGCUUCUCUCUCCCACAAGGUCCCCGAGGCGGCCAGCCUGGGCGCCCCCCUGAGCUUCCCUGCCCCGCGGGGCAAGGAGGGCGGUGCCGCAGAGCCCGGCGCCUUUGUGAACAAGAGGCAGCUGGACGGACUGGGCGGCCCCAAGGGCAGGGAGGCCGGCGAGCUGGGCCUGCCGGCGUGCGGGCCCCCGGACAAGGCCUCGCUGGUGCACAGCAAGCCGGGCAAGGGCCGGGACCGCGAGCCCGACUUGAAGAAUGGCCACAACCUCUUCAUUUCUGCCGCCACUGUGCCUCCCGGGGGCCUCCUCAGCGGCCCGGGCCUCGCCACGGCGGCGUCCUCGGCGGUCAGCGCGGCCCCCUCCGCCCAGACACACCGCCCCUUCCUGGGCACCUUUGCCCCCGGCCCACAGUUCGCCCUGGGUCCCAUGUCCCUGCAGGCCAACCUGGGCUCAUCCGUGCUACAGUCCUUGUUCAGUUCCGUGCCGGCCGCUGCCGGCCUGGUGCACGUCUCGUCCGCUGCAACCAGACUGACCAACUCGCACGCCAUGGGCAGCUUUUCCUCCGGGGUGGCAGGUGGCGCAGUUGGAGGUGUCUUUAACCACGCGGUGCCUUCCGCCUCCGCUCAUCCGUUUGGAGCCAGUUUCGGCAGCGGGGCUGCGUGUCGCAGCGCCACGCUGAGCUUAACCCCACUGCAGGCGGUGGCCGGCGCCCCCGCGUCUUCCUUUCAGGCCCCGCCCCCGCCCCCACCGGGGCAGCCCGCCCUCCCUGCACCCCCUCCCCCUAACGCCGCCUUGCCUCCUGCCCCCGCGCUGCUCCCGGCUAACUCUGAGCCCGUGCUUCUGCAGAACCUCGCGUCCCUCCCGGCUAACCAGGCUUUCUUAUCCACCUCCUCUGCCGCCUCUCUGCAGCCUGCUAACGCCUCUCUGUCCAUCAAGCUCGCCUCCCUCCCGCACAAGGCCCCCCGCCCCUCCUUCACGGUGCACCACCAGCCCCUGCCCGGGCUGGCCCUGGCCCAGGCCGCGCCCGUGAUCCCGCAGGCCAGCUCCACGGGGCCGUCUGCCGUGUGGGUUUCCCUUGGCAUGCCGCCUCCGUAUGCCGCGCGCCUUGCGGGGGUUAAGCCAAGAUAAAGACCUUGCUUAGCUAGCAGUUCGUAUUCUGUAAGGGAACUAGGAUUUCUACCUCAACCGUGAGACCUAUGCAAGGACGGGCUGGGCUGGCGGCCGGCCAUCGGACAGCGAGGACGGACUGAGGACGGGGGACGAGGCUCUACUGUGAAUCCGCGCUGUGCAGACCUGCAGGAGGUGCUGGGGCCUGGCUCUAGCUCGUACUGUCGAUAGUUUUAGAUAA